UGUACACCUGUUAUUAUUACUGUAGCGAGUUUCAGUUAAGGUACAUAGGUUAGGUACAAGACAAUGGCGUCGACGGCCGUGGCAGACGCGAACGCCGGGGGAUUCGGUGUCGGGCAGGUCCUCGACGGCUCCAACCCGGCCAUCGUCCGGCUCCGGCAGCUCGUCGACGGGCCCCAGUCCUCAGAGGGGUGGAGGCGGUGCUGGGAGCAGGGCGUGACGCCGUGGGACCUGGGCCAGCCCACGCCGGUCGUCGUCAAGCUGGUGCAGUCCGGCACCCUCCCCGCCGGCGGCGCCACCGUCCUCGUCCCCGGCUGCGGCGGGGGAUACGACGCGGUGGCCCUGUCCGGCGGCGGCCGCUCCGUGGUGGGCCUCGACGUCUGCGACGCCGUCAUCCAGAAGGCCAGUCAGCGGUCAUCGUCGUCGCCCGACGUGGCCUUCAUCACCGCCGACUUCUUCACCUGGGCGCCGCCGGAGCCCUUCCCCCUCAUCUUCGACUACACAUUCUUCUGCGCCCUUGACCCGUCGCUGAGGCCGGCGUGGGCGGCGAGGAUGGAGGAGCUGCUGCGGCCGGACGGAGAGCUCAUCACCCUCAUGUACCUGCCUCAAGACCAAGACUCGGGGCCACCGUACAACACGACAGUGCUCGACUACGAGGAGGUGCUCAAACCCCUGGGUUUCUUCAUCGAAUCCUUCCUAUUAUAAUAGUAUAUCUACGAGAGGUUACAGUGGAGAGGCAUGGCAUGACAUGCAAAAUAGUAUAUCGAUGCACACAACCCUUUCUAUUAUAAUAAUUAUUUAUAAAACCAAUGUAUGGUUAUCAUGUUAGUGGCACAUUUUAAACAAUAUGUGUGUGUGUGUGUGUUUAUUUCUAUUGA